AUGGUCGGCAAGGACUGUGUCGCAAUAGCCUGCGAUCUCCGUCUCGGCCUCCAAGCCCUCACCGUCUCCAACAACUUCCCCAAAAUCUUCCAGUACGGCGACGUCUUCCUCGGUCUCACCGGCCUCGCCACCGACGUCACGACCGUCGGCGACCUCUUCCGCUACAAGGUCAACAUGUACCGCCUCCGCGAGGAGCGCAACAUCGCCCCGACCACCUUCGCCAACCUCGUCAGCUCCUCCCUCUACGAGCGCCGCUUCGGCCCGUACUUCGUCUCCCCCGUCGUCGCCGGCCUUGACCCCAAGACGGGCAAGCCCUUCAUCUGCGGCUUCGACAGCAUCGGCUGCAUCGACUUCGCCAAGGACUUCAUCGUCUCUGGUACGGCGUCUGAACAGCUGUUCGGCAUGUGCGAGAGCUUAUGGGAGCCGGAUCUGGGCCCUGAUGAGCUCUUCGAAACCAUCUCCCAGUCGCUUCUGAACGCCGUUGACCGAGAUGCACUAUCCGGAUGGGGAGCGCACGUGUACAUUAUUGAGAAGGACAAGGUCACCAAGAGACUGCUCAAGGGCAGACAAGACUAA